AUGGAUAUCAUUGAAAUCAGCUCGGAUUCCGAGUCAGACUGCGUCGUCGGGCCGCAACCGCCCCCCAAGAGGUCAUGGAAGACGGCAUACAAGUCAAAAGUCAGAGAGGCACGAAGUGAAAUUUUUGCAGAGGAAAGCCUAUCACUGCAGCAGAAGCGGAAGCUGACGGCAGAGAGGAGUCGAGACCUACGAGUCGCGGCACAGAGAAAACGACAUCAAGAACAGAAACAGAUGCAAAGACAGCGACAGGAAGCCGCUCGCGAGACAAACAUCGAAGUUGCCGUGGCAAUGCUAUCCGAUGCAGGCGGCGAGUCAGCCAGCGAAUCCUCCAACCCGCAACUAUGGCAGCACGAUGUGCCGAGCGAUGCUCUCGUCGAGUCCUGCAACCUGCCUUUUCCGAUGGCGGACUCGCUGCCCUCGUGCAAUCACGCAGCACCAGCAGCAUCACCCCCCUCCACGGAUCGGCAGCCAGAGACGGCGGCUGUUGUUGCCCUCGCCAGAGAACCAUUUCCUCAGGACCCGACAUCGCCAACCGUCGCACAAGGCGAAACACUAGCCCCCGCAUGCUCUGAUCUGGAAGAAGAGAACCCCGGACUGCCAAGCCACGGCGUGUCAGAUCCGUCUGGAGAUGCUGCCCUGCAGCACAUGUCGCCAAGACGAUCUGCUGCGCAGACGGCAAUACAUCAGACGAGUCGCCGGCUGAAGGAGACGAGGCGAGAGAAUGCUGCACCUACAGCGACGCCGCUACGAGCGGUCAUGCUGCACUGGGGAAGGCUGUGGCAGCACCCGAGGCACCUUUAUCAGUACUGGCUGAGCAGGCCGCUAUUUCGGCGCGCCCAGCCGGCAGGCGGUCAGGGUAAUACAGGAGGUUUAGACGGGACAUUUACACGCUGA